AUGGCGUCAAUCCUCCAGCACGCGCGACGAGUGGCAUUCGACAGCCACAAGGGUGAUCAUAUCUCAAGCCAUGCCGUCAGAAAGCUAUCACGAUCGGCGCCAUUGUCCCUAUUCAUUGACGCAUUGGAAGCAGAUGGGUGUGUGAUCGUCAAGGACUUUACCGACAAAGCCACGCUUGAGAAGGCGGACUGGGAGGUACGGCCGUGGCUUGACCAACAGGCAAACGGGGUGAAACUUCCAGCACUUCAAGGCAAAACAAGGACGGUAACCAGACUCAUUGGGAAAAGCGAAACGGUACGGGAGAAGUUCUUUGCCGACCCGCUGUAUCAAGCUUUGUGCGAACAUUUUCUGGCACUUGAGACGACCCAUUAUUACGGCAACAAACCCGUUACGACAACCAGUCACCCGCUUCUCUCAAUCUCAAUUGCAUUUGAUAUCCCUCCGGGAACUUCUGCGCAGGGUCUUCACCGCGACGACAAGAACCACCAUGCUCGCCAUAGCCAUGCCGACAAGUACGCAAAGGGUCGCGACAUGCUAUUAGGACUGUUUGUCCCAGCAUGUGACACAAUCAAGGCCAACGGUGCCACAAGAGUCGUCCCUGGCAGCCAUCUAUGGGGCGAUGAGAUGCCUGACUUUGGUGCCGACGGAACCCGUGGAGUUGUCGACGCAGAGAUGCGCAUGGGCGAGGCGUUCAUCAUGCUGGGCAGUCUUUAUCACGGAGGUGGAUCGUAUGAAAAGCCGCUGGGGACAACAAAAGACGGUGCUAGAGAAAGCAGGACGGUUUAUGCCAUGUUCUCAUGCACUGGCGUGCAUCGGCAGGAAGAGAUAUCAUUUCUGUCAUAUUCGAUCGACGAGGUCAAAACCUACUCAAAGAUUGUGCAGGAACGUCUGGGAUGGAAGCAGAGCGAGCCAAACUUAGGCUGGGUCGACCUGAAGAGCCCAGAGUUCCUGUUGGCGCAAUGA